GCGCUACCGCAAGGCUGGGGUCUGGCUUGGUUCCCAGGGAGAUGCUCCAUGCGCACUCCGAUCCGCCCACGGCCGGGCCGUGAAGGUGCCGCUCGCUGAGGAACAGGCGGGCAGCUCCGGCUCCCACCCACCGCGACGCGAGCCAGAGGCUCCAACUGCCUCUCAGCCGCAGCGCUCGGCGGAUCCACUGAGCCCCCGCCCCGCCGGGCUCCACCUCCCGGUGCUGGCGGCAGCGAGAGGCGGAGCAGCGAAGGGGAGGGGGCUAGGCCGGCUCGGUGCGUCCCUGGCACAGCCUCACACACGCCGAGAGCCGGACACUGCGACGGACACGGCUGCGCCAGCCCCGCUCGCCGCGCCGGGAGGGAGCUGCAGCCCCGACCGGCAGCAACUGGUCCCCCGGGAUUCCGCCUAUUUUGUGGGGAACCAUCCGGAGGCGCGGAGCGGAACCGGUCCCGACAGGGGAUGGAGAAGCCGGAGGUGCCGCGCACACGGCGCUCUCCGCUGCCAACCCCUGUCCAGUGCAGGAUGACGUGGCUGGCAGCCUGCCUGGGCCUGUGGCUCUUCCUGCAGCUCCCCACCUUGGGCGCUGGGACACGCGUGGUCUACAAAGUGCAGGAGGAACAGCCGCCCAACACACUCAUUGGGAGCUUGGCUGCCGACUACGGCUUUCCUGAUGUGGGGCACCUCUAUAAACUGGAAGUGGGGGCUCCCUACCUGCGUGUGGAUGGCAAGACAGGGGACAUUUACACCACGGAGACCUCCAUCGACCGGGAGAGCCUGCGGGAGUGCCAGAGCCAGUUCCCAGGGGAACUCUGCUUCCUGGAGUUCGAGGUGUCAAUCACGGACCUGAUGAUGAACAGCAGCCCGCGCCUGCUGGAAGGGCAGAUUGAGGUGCUGGACAUCAAUGACAACACGCCCAACUUCGCCUCGCCCGUCAUCACACUGGCCAUUCCCGAGAACACCAACAUUGGGGCACUCUUCCCAAUCCCCCCAGCCAUGGACCGUGACGCAGGCGCCAACGGGGUUGCCUCCUAUGAGCUCCUGGCUGGGCCCGAGGCGCAGGAGCUCUUCGGCCUGCAGGUGGCUGAGGAUCAGGAUGAGAAGCAGCCGCAGCUGAUUGUCAUGGGGAACUUGGACCGGGAGCAGUGGGACUCCUAUGACCUGACCAUCAAGGUGCAGGAUGGAGGCAGCCCACCGCGGGCGAGCAGCGCCCUGCUGCGUAUCACCAUCCUGGACAUGAAUGACAACACCCCCAAGUUCGAGAAGGCCCUGUAUGAGGCGGAGCUCUCAGAGAACAGCCCCGUCGGGCACUCCGUCCUCCAGGUGAAAGCCAACGACUCGGAUCAGGGUGCCAAUGCCGAGAUUGACUACUCAUUCCACCAGCCUACAGACAUGGUGCGUCGCCUGCUGCGCCUGGACAGGACCACGGGCCUCAUCACUGUGCAGGGGCCCAUUGACCGGGAGGACGUCAAUAUCCUCAAGUUCUCUGUCCUGGCCAAGGACAAGGGGGCCAAUCCCAAGAGUGCCCGCACCCAGGUGGUGGUGACCAUCAAGGACAUGAAUGACAACGCCCCCUCCAUUGAAAUCCGGGGUAUUGGCCUCGUCACCCAUCAGGACGGCAUGGCCAACAUCUCCGAGGACGUGCCCGUGGAGACGGCCGUGGCUCUGGUACAGGUGUCUGACCGGGAUGAGGGUGAGAACGCUGUGGUCACCUGUGUGGUUGCUGGCGAUGUCCCGUUCCAGCUGAGACAGGCCAGCGAGACGGGCAGUGACAGCAAGAAGAAGUACUUCUUGCAGACCACCACGCCGUUGGACUACGAGGCGGUGAAGGAGUACACCAUCGAGAUCGUGGCUGUGGAUUCGGGGAACCCACCCCUCUCCAGUACCAACUCCCUCAAGGUGCAGGUGGUGGAUGUGAACGACAACGCCCCAGUCUUCAGCCAAAGCCUCACUGAGGUGGCCUUCCCCGAGAACAAUGCCCCUGAUGACCUGGUGGUGGAGGUGAGUGCCAGUGACGCUGACAGUGGCUCCAAUGCCAAGCUGGUUUACUCCCUGGUCAUGGACCCCUCCUCCAAGGGCUUCUUCUCCAUCGACCCUGACUCAGGCGAGAUCCGAGUGAAGACGGUGCUGGACCGGGAGCAGAGGGAACGCUAUGAGUUCCUGGUGGUGGCAGCUGACAAGGGCAGCCCCAGUCUCAAGGGCACGGCAUCUGUGGCCAUCAAUGUCAUGGACAGGAAUGACAACGACCCCAAGUUUAUGCUGAGCAGCUACAACUUCUCAGUGAUGGAGAACAUGCCUCCCCUGAGCCCGGUGGGCAUGGUGACAGUGAUUGACGCUGACAAGGGCGACAACGCCCGAAUCCAGCUGUCAGUGGAGCAGGACAACGGGGACUUUGUCAUCCAGAAUGGCACUGGCACCAUACUCUCCAGCAUCUCCUUUGACCGGGAGCAGCAGAGCACGUACACCUUUCGGCUCAAAGCUGUGGAUGGAGGGGACCCUCCCAGAUCCGCCUAUGUGGGGGUGACCAUCAACGUGCUGGACGAGAAUGACAAUGCCCCUUUCAUCACCUCCCCUUCCAAUGCCUCUUACAAGCACAUCCUGCCCCACACCAGCCCCGGGCAACAGGUCAGCAAGGUCAAAGCUGAGGACAUUGACUCGGGGGUCAAUGCAGAGCUGACCUACAGCAUUACGGGGGGCAACCCCUUCGAGCUGUUCCAGAUCUCACCGCAGAGCGGGGACAUCACGCUGGAGAAGGAGAUCCUGCGUAAGCACCAUGGCCUGCACCGCCUGGUGGUGCGUGUCAACGACAGGGGCAAGCCCUCGCGCCAUGGCACCGCGCUGGUGCACUUCUACGUCAAUGAGACCCUGGCCAACCGCACGCUGCUGGAGACCCUGCUGGGACACAGCUUGGACACGCCGCUGGACAUCGACAUUGCUGGCGACCCCGAGUACGAGCGCAGCAAGCAGCGCAGCAACAUCCUCUUUGGCGUCAUUGCUGGCAUCGUGGCCGUCACCCUGGUUAUUGUGCUGGUGGUGCUGGUGCGCUACUGCCGGCAGAGGGAGGCCAAGAGCGGCUACCAGGCGGGCAAGAAGGAGACCAAGGACCUGUACGCCCCCAAUCAGGGCAACAAGAGCAGCAAGAGUAAGAGCAAAGUGAAGAAGAGCAAGUCCCCUAAGCCGCCCAAACCGGCCGAUGACGAGGAGGAGACUGGGCUGCAGAAGUCCCUCAAGUUCAACCUCAUGAACGACUCCGUCAGUGACAGCCCCCGCAUCCACCUGCCUCUCAACUACCCGCCUGGGAGCCCGGAUCUGGGACGCCACUACCGCUCCAACUCCCCACUGCCCUCCAUCCAGUUGCAGCCCCAGUCGCCCUCUGCCUCUAAGAAGCACCAGGUGGUGCAGGACCUGCCUGCCACUAACACCUUUGUGGGCACUGGGGACAACAACUCGACAGGCUCCGAGCAGUACUCUGACUACAGCUACCGCACCAACCCCCAGAAAUACACCAACAAGCAGUUACCUCAUCGCCGAGUGACAUUCUCUGCAGCUAAUCAGGCACAGGACUUGCAGGACCCCUCACAACAUAGUUACUAUGACAGCGGGCUAGAAGAGUCAGAAACUCCCAGCAGCAAGUCAUCAUCAGGGCCCCGAAUUGGGCCACUAGCUCUGCCUGAGGAUCAUUAUGAGCGCACCACACCCGAUGGUAGUAUUGGGGAGAUGGAGCACCCUGAAAACGGCCAGAGAUACAUCCCUGCAGAGGCCACUACCUUCCCUGCCCCUAAGCAGUGAUUGGCACUGUACCUAAUGCAAAGGACACCUCACCUCAUGGCACCACUGUCCAAAGAGGGCUACUCAUCCUUGCCAAUUUACUCCUUCUCUCUGGCAUCAAAGAUGCCUCUCUUCUGCCUUCAGAGACAGAUUCCAAGGACAGUACAGAAGUCCUUUCCCCAAAGCUCUGCCUCAAACAAGAUGGGAUUGGCACUGAGCUGACCUGACUAGCCUCAACUGAGCCAGACCUCUGUUGCGUUCCACGUUGGCCAUACUAGCCUUACUGGGGUCCAUUAUGCCAUUUGCUCCAGAGCAGAUAGACCUCUAAUGCAUCCAAAAAGAGGAGGAAAUCCUGCUAUUCAACAACUUAAUUGGCCAGACCUGAUGGAGUUAACAGAAGGUCAGCAGCCACCCCAUCUCCACCCAAAGGAGUCAUCUUCAUUGCCUGAUGAGGCAGUAACACCAGUCCCUACCCCAGCGGUCGAUGACUUGAAAGCAUUCCAGGAUCUUCUGUAUCACCAUGCAGAGACCAUGAACAUCAAAACAACAGUCAAACAAGAGACGUUCCACACGUUGUUGGAUAUUCUCAAUUCAACUAUUCCAGACAGGAUUGCCCUUCCCAUCAAUGAAGGCAUACUGGAGCCAGCCAAGGGACUCUGGCACACCCCAGCCACUCUUCCUUCCACACUAAACAGUUGUAGAAAAUAUAUUGGGUGCCCCCAAAGGACUUUGAACAUGUUUAAGCCCCCCCAAGCCCAGAGUUUUAGUAGUUUCUGCAGUCCAGGAGAAAUCCAGGUCUUCAAAAGGUACUCCUAAGGACAAAGACCCAAAUAAAUUAGACAAGUAUGAGGGCAAAGUGUCCUCCUUAGCCUCACUUCAGUUCAGGUAGGGGGAAGACUACUAGGCCUUAUUUGUGAAAUACAGCUUCCCCACCUGGGAGAUGGUCACUCCCUUCUUGUCAAAAAUCCCACAGGAGCACAAGAGGGAGUGAAAAGAAAUCUUAAAAGAAGACCAAAUGUUCAUGAGAAUGGCAUUGCAGGCACCCAUGGAUGCAUCUGAUGCAGUCGAGAAGUCGGUGGCUGUGGCUGUCACUAUGAGAUGGGCUUCUUGGAUGCUAGCAUCCAGAAUAUCUAAAGAGGUGCAAGCCACCAUCAGGAUCUGCCCUUUGAGGGGAUGGAACUCUUUAGUCAAAGAACCAAUGAGCGGCUCCUGCGCUGGAAAGACUCAAGGGUUGCGUUAAACAGGUAUUGUCUGCAUAGGAAAACAUUUGCAGACAUUUCCAUUUGUAGCUGAUACAGCAUGUACAGAGAGAAAAAUAGAGACAUUUCUAUCAAAAACACCUGUAGCCUAGGAGGCUGUUCCUUGAGCUAGGAGGCUGAGUUCCAAUCUCAGUUGUACUGACCCUGAGGCAUUUAAGGAUGUGCUACCACUCUGCUUUCUUUACAAUCAAAUUAAUACAGAGGUUAUACAAGGUCACUUCAGGUACACUUAAGAAUUGGGGCCAGGUCUCAAAUAUGUUAGGCCCAAAUCUUAACCACACUGCCUGUCAGUGCCCUGCCACAGCCUGGUGGGAACACAGCGUAGUGGGACACAACACCCUUGUCUGGGCCCUGUCCCUGAGAUUGGGAGGGUGGUGUAGGUUCUAGAAACUCCUUACUCUUCAGCACCUCCCCUAAGGCUGGAGUCUCAAAAUGGUAACAGCAGCAGGACAUGGUGCUGCUGUCACACUUAUUGUGACUUUUAGCUACAGGCUAGGGCACUCAGAUAGUAUGUGGGAGACCUGGGUUCAAUUCCCCCUUCUGCCUGAUUUGGGUAAAAGGUAUUUGAACAUGGGUCUACCACAUUAUAGGAGAGUAGCCUAGCCACUUGGCUAUGGGACAUCCAGUUCUGGGAAUUUUUCUAUCUCCGCUGUUGAAGCUGUUCCACUUCGUUUAAAUAAUUAUUGGAGUAGGGACAUGAACUUGGGUCACCCGUGUUGUCAGGUGUUGGACUGCAUGCAUGUAUUCUUUCUGCAUGCUGCACUGGCUUUGGCCAGGUAGCCCAUACAGCAUGUUCUGAUGGAACUGCCCAUUAAAACCACAAGACUUGGUUUAGUAGCGAAGGCACCCGGCCAGUUUUAUUGCCAAUGAAGUAUGGUGCUAAUGCCCCAGCUCAAUGGUUACAGGUACUCCAAAACACGUAUGCCCGUGACAAUGGGCUAAUGCCCCAGCUCAGUGAAUGACAGGACUUUCCUAGGCCAGACAGAAACACUCCCUUCGAGGUUUCAUUUUGUACAUCAAUACAAACAUGCUACAUGUUGCCCCUCUGAUGUGAUUAGUUACUGCCCCCUGAUGUGGGUUGUUACCACCCAUUACCUUUUACAUGUUGAUUCGAUCAGAACAUCUUUAUCCAUGACCUUCCUGAUCCACUGUCAUCCUGACCUUAUCUUUAGGAGGGGUCAGCAUGUUCCUAUUAUCUUUAGGGAAUGUGUAGGCAUUGAGGUGUUCUAGUACCACCCUUCUGGAAUGUGUUUGCGUGAGUGCUCUGUGGCUAGUGCCUUGUAGGAAUGUGUGUUUUUGCAAUAUCAGCCCUGUUCUUGCCAGAUUCUGUGAGCAGGGCCUGCCUGUAGCUCACAAUCUGAUUUUGCUUUAUAUCACCAAAGCUUUGACUGCUGCUGUAGCUCAGGCCUCAUACAAGGGCUUAUGUUUCAGGUCCUCUUCUUACUACAAUGUGUGUUGUAAACCAGGGGUAUUCAAUAGGCAGACCGCGGGCCAAAUCCAGACUGCCAGAUGCUUUUGAAUGGACCCAAAAAUCUUUUUAUUUACUUAUUAUAAUUAUUGUUGUUUUAUUAUUUUCUCUGUAAUCUUGACUUUGACUAUACCAUGAUCAAGAAAUUGGCCUUUGACAAAAAAAUAAUUGACUACACCUCCACUAGGUUGUAAAGUCAGUCAUACAGGACAAUGAAUAGUGUGUUGCUCCCCAGGGGUAACCAGGGUUGUGAGGGAUCUCACCACUACUUGCCCUUAGCAUGAAACAGACUUAUCUGUGCCUGCUGUAGCUCAGCUCCCUGAAACCAACAGCCUCUGACAACACAAGCACUGUCUUCCAGGCCUCCGCAGACCUUGCUGUCUCUGUACAGGUUAGUGACAGGCACACACUGACCCCCGAGUCCUGAGAGCAUUCCCUGCAGUGCCAGCCCUUAACCACUGGAUACUCAUAGAAAUUACCAGGUUUGCUGUCCUCAAAAGAACAGUGUACACACAGUUUGAAUAUUACAAUGCACUGAGAUAUAUUUAUAAUGAAAACAAUCAUAAGGUUAUUAUCAAAAGCUAAGAUUUAAGACAUAGUGCAUAAGCAUAAUGGAAACAAAAAUGGUUACACAUAAAACAAAGAUUCAUAGAGCCUAAACUUACCUUUAACUAGCUAAACCCUUUUCUGAAGUAGUUUGUCUCACCUAAAGCAAUCUCCCAGCAUCUCCAACCAACCUGGCUGGGAUCCCCCGUUCAUGAAUGCAAAAAACACUUUCCUUUUUGCUUCCUCAGUGUGCCUUCUUCUUAUACCCCCCACCCCAAAAUUCACUAUUUGCCCCCAGAAUAAGGGUGACCCCCCUCUCCCCGAAGACCUAUUUCCUGGUAUGCUGACUUCAUGUUGACUUCACAUCCUCAUGUAGACUUUAUAUGCACACAGAGCUUCCAUUGGGUUGGCCUACAAUGCUUAAUUUAUAUGUGACUGAGGCAGACAGGAAAAUAUACAUCCUUUGUCUGGCAGAAACCUGUUUGUCAACCCUGCUUUGAUUCAGACUUUAAAACAUAUUUUCCAGUAUAUACACAUAGUGUCAGUACAUAGACAUCACAAUAGUAUUAAUAACCAGUAUGAUCCUGGCUUUCAUUUUAGAUCUCACAUGACAUUCUUUAUAGAUAAAUACUACGAAAGCAGUGUGCUAUGUAUAGUGAGUUCGUCCGUUCGGAUGGAGCUGCUGUUACAGAACAGUGAACCCUUGCCAGGUGGCAUUGAGGGGUUCUUAGAGUCACAAAUACUCAAUGGACCAGGGCACCAGUAUGAGAAUGACUUAGCCUAGUGGUUAGGGUAUUCACAUGGGACACAGAUGUGAAAAACUUCUUCCUUGUUGUGUGGCCAUUUUGUUAAUCAACCUUCUUUGCUUUUGUUAAAGUGCCCAAAAUAGAAAUGAAAAAUUUUGUGCUUGUAAGAGACGUGAGGCAUAGGCAGUCUUGCCUAGCAGGCACAGCUGGACUGAGAUCUGCCCACCAGGGAUGGGAGUUGCCGGGCCAGAGUUAUAGGAAUCACAAGGCCAGGUUUCAUAAACAAGAGUCAGGGUCAGAGUCAGGAUGGGGCCAGAGACCAGAGAUGAGAGGUAGUACCAGGUUACAGAGUAGCAGCCGUGUUAGUCUGUAUCCGCAAAAAGAAGAACAGGAGUACUUGUGGCA